UUAACACAAAUCUUGAACUCCUAAUGCUUCCAACAGUAAAGACACCAACAACCUUGUAAUGUUCAGAAAAGAUAUGAUCAUUGUCUUAUCCAACUCCAAUUCCUUGUCAUUACACUAUAAACAAAAGUGUGUAAUGAAUAUUACAAGGUAGGUUUGAGAUCAAGUCAUAACAUGGAAACAUUGGAAACUAUGACCAAAUUGUUUCUUGAUGCACUAAAGUUUUCGCUGUGCUCAGGAUUUGGGGAUGGGCCGGACCAAGAGGGUCUAUUAUAUGCAGCUCCACCGUGCAGUUCUACACGGCUAGAACCCGAGACCUCCUGGUCACGUGACAUCAACUUUACUGGUUACUCCAAGUGUGUCCUUUGAUAGAAACAAGGUCAUGGUGCACUAAAGUUUCGGGUAUGGUCGGGCUUUGGGGAUGGGCUGGACCACAAGAGUCUAUUAUAUGCAGCGCUACCAUGCAGUUAGAAACAAGGUCACAAAGACAGAAAAAUGCCAAAAGAUGGAUAAUACUAUGUACUAAAGUUUCCGCUAUGCUCGGGAUUUGGGGAUGGGUCGACCACAAGGGUCUAUUAUAUGCAACUCUACCGUGCAGUCCUACAGGAGGUUGUUUCCACGGCUAGAACUUGUGACCUCCUAGUCACAUGACAACAACUUUACCCGUUACUCCAAGUGUCCCCGUUGAUAAAAACAAGAUCACAAAGAUAGAAAAUGCUAUGUACUAAAGUUUCCGCUAUGCAAGAGGAACAAGAUCACAAAGAUAGAAAAUGCCAAAAGUCGGAUAAUACUAUGUACUAAAGUUUCCGCUAUGCUCGGGGUUUGGGGAUGGGCCGACCACAAGGGUCUAUUAUAUGCAACUCUACCAUGCAGUCCUACAGGAGGUUGUUUCCACGGCUAGAACCUGUGACCUCCUAGUCACAUGACAACAACUUUACCGGUUACUCCAAGUGUCCCCGUUGAUAAAAACAAGAUCACAAAGACAGAAAAUGCUAUGUACUAAAGUUUCCGCUAUGCAAGGGGAACAAGAUCACAAAGAUAGAAAAUGCCAAAAGACGGAUAAUACUAUGUACUAAAGUUUCUGCUAUGGUCGGGGUUUAGGGAUAAUGAGCCGGACCACAAGGAUCUAUUAUAUGCAGCUCUACCGUGCAGUUCUACAGGAGGUUGUUUACACGGCUAGAACCUGUGACCUCCUGGUCACGUGAUAACAACUUUACCGAUUACUCCAAGUGUGUACUGUCCUCUGAUAGAAACAAGGUCACAAAGACAGAAAAAUGCCAAAAGAUGGAUAGUACUAUGUAGUGAAAUUAUGUCAACACAUUUAGUAACCUUGUACAACUUCUAUGGACAUGUCAACUGUCAAACAACAACAUUUGAUCUUCUAGCUAAAUAGAUGGACAAUCUUCUCAAGUUUAUUGUAAGUGUUUUAGUUUCUGUUCUUUUUAUCAGAUUCUGUAAUGCAGGUGAGUUAACUGAAUCCAAGUCAUUUCUCAAUUUUAUUCUUGCUAUUGAUCCAAACAAAGUACUAAACAUUGAUCAGAAUGCUUUAGUGUCUUACCCUUGUUACUAUAAAUUACGCGGUGUUAAGUGCAGUUUACGUUCCAGUGAAGUCGUAGAAAUAAGGCUUGAGAACAUGGAUCUUGGUGGAGUAAUUGACGCGGAAUCGCUUUGCAAACUCUCAAAAUUGCGAGUUCUUAGCUUAGCUAGGAACAAGAUUCAUGGGACAGUUCCUGAGUCGAUAUCAACGUGUAAAAGUUUAACUGUUCUUGAUCUAAGCAGCAACUUUCUUAGUGGAGAUUUAUUGGUACUACUCCAGUCUUUGACAAUGCUGAAGAAUCUUAAACAACUGAAUAUUUCUAACAACAAUUUCACUUUCUCACAACAUACCGUGAGUCUACAAGCGUUGAGAGGUGUAACAGUGAAAGAAUCAACUGCAGAAAGUAACAAUACAAAGACAAAGAAUCAUCGUAUGAGUCUGAUGGUUUGGGUCCUUCCAUGUCUUGGAAUUGUACUUGUGUUUGUAGUUUUAGUAUUCUUGUACAUGAGAUGUGUUAGAACAGCUAAGGAUAAGGAAGAAGUAGUUAAUUACCCGUCUCCACGAAAAACUCCCUCAGCUGAGGUUGUUGAUGGAGUAUGUAACACUGAAGAGAGAUCAGAACUUUUCUUUUUCACGGAAGAUGUUGAAAAGUUUACGUUGGACGAUCUUCUUGAAGCAACAGCUAACUUGAGAAAACAAGGCAUAUGUAGUAGCCUCUACAAGGUACAUAUUAAUAGCUGUGGUGUCUUUGCUGUCAAGAGACUCAAGAAACUACAAGUGGGGUUCAAGGAAUUUUCGCGAACGAUGAGAAAUAUAGGGAACUUGAAGCAUCAAAAUGUACUUCCACUUGUUGCUUAUUACUCUAGCAAUGAAGAAAAGAUGCUCAUCUACAAAUAUCAGAACAGUGGAAGUCUACUAACUCUUUUUGAAAAUUAUGUAGAAGGGAAAUGGACUUUCCCAUGGAAACUAAGGCUGUCAAUUGCAGUUGGCAUGGCAAGGGGUUUGGCUUACAUAUACAGUAGUUCUAAGAAAGGCAAUGUCAUUCCUCAUGGCAACAUUAAGCCAUCAAAUAUACUAUUAAACGAAAACGAGGAGCCCUUAAUAAGUGAAUAUGGAUAUAGCAAAUUCAUAGACCCCAACAAAAGUUGCCUUUAUAAAGACAAUGGUUAUACAGCCCCUGAGAAGACGUUGACAGAACAAGCUGAUGUUUAUAGUUUCGGGGUGAUUCUGUUGGAAAUGCUGACCGGUAAAGUUGUGGAGAAGACAGGAUUAGACCUCGUCAAGUGGGUGAAAUCAAUAGUGAGGGAAGAAUGGACUGGAGAGGUGUUUGAUAGUGAAGUUUCCAACUAUGAAAUGUAUGCUUUCCCUCUACUAAAUGUAGCACUCAAGUGUGUUGAUCGUUUGCCAGAGGAGCGGCCUACUAUGGGAGAGGUUCUGGAGAUCAUCGAAGAAGUUGUCAAUGAUCAAGAAGACAUUUCUCCUUCUUCUGUUACUUCUUUUGAAUCAACCCCUGGUUCAAUGAAGCAUGUGUAUGCCUUUUAGUUUUGAGAGCUUUCUUCUUUAUGCAUGUGAUCAUUAUUUGCAUAAAUGGUUGGUGCCUUUUAGUUUGUGAGCUAUUCAUGUAAGUUUCACAAGUAUUCAUCUUUUGAAAAGUAGUGUUCUUAUUAAGACAUCAUCUUCAAUGCUCUCAUUAUGCUUAGAAGUACAUAAAUGUUGACAAUCAGCUUACAACAACAUUUUUCUU